AAAAUGAGUUUCAGUCGAGCCAACUUUGAGCUCGACGAGUUCGAUGGAAUUAAGUUUGAGCUAAACUCGAGUUAUACAUGUAUACCAAAGAAGCAGAGAUCGAACGGAAAAUUUUAGAGCUCGACUCGAGUUCGCUUAUAAAUAAACGAUCCGCCAGAGCUCAAGCCCGCCAGGGCUCAGCUCAGCUUUGCAGCCGUGGCAUCUCUGUCAGCCUCCCGCAUCUCAUCAUUCCCUAUCGUUUUGCAGCAAUAGACGCCGAGCACUUUACCCAUUUCGACGAAGAGCUGUUCUUUAUUUUAUUUUUUUCCUGGAGCUCUUGCGCUCGAACUUCAGUUUCACAUUAUUUUUUGGUGGGGGGGCAUCGUUUACUUGAAUGGCGGUCAUGUUUGCUGUACAUGCUGAAAUUAGUGUCUCUAGUUUUGAAAGAAAUGGAAUUGUCACCGAAAAUUAUCCGUGGAAGCAAACUUCUCUAUGCAGGUCCUCAUUUUACCCGAGGCCUGUUCUCGUUCUUGAUUUGAAUGUAAGAAAGAUGAAGCGGAUUGGUACUUAUAGCUUAAGAGCACCUAACUGCAGAAAAAUGUAUGCUUUUUCAAAGGGAGAGUCGGCCAAGCAGUUGGUUGGUGGUGGAAUUCUUGAGAACAAAUUUGACUUCAAGCCAUCGUUUGAUGAGUAUUUGAAGGUUAUGGAGUCUGCUAGGACUGGUCGGGAGAAUAAGCAACGUCAUAAUUCAAAUAGAUACAGGUCAAAGAAUGGUAUAAUGGAAAGAGAGAGAGAGAAUGUGAAGUUGGGGAAGCUUGUAGAGCAUUCACAUCCAGAAAAGAGAAAUUUAGUCACUGAACAAAAUGAAAAUGCCGACGGAGGCACUGACGAAGUAGUUUUUGGCAGAAGUAGGGUUAAUUAUAGAGAGAGCGGUGGUCGAGGAUUGAAGGAUGUGAGGAAAAUGGAUCUGUGGAAGGGGUCUUCAGAGUUGGGUUGUGUGGGAAAAUUCCAAGGCUUGGUUCAAGAUGAAUUGGAGGGAAACGAAAGCAAUAUGGACAUGAAAAUGAACACAACCCAGGGAGGAGAGAGAACAAAGGGAAGAAGAACGAAGUACCAGAUUGGUAGUUUAGUGCCAGAGCUGAAGGACUUUAAAGAUCUAAGUGAACAAGAAAGGAGCGGACAACUUCAUGCUGCUGAAAAUACUGGCAGAAGGAUGAAUGUAGGUGGAGAACUUGGGCAUGAGAGGAGCCACGUUCAAGCUAAGACAAUCAUUGGUAGAAAAACUGCAUUGAAUAAUGGGAAUGCCUUGAGGAGCUAUGGGAAUUUCUUUGAGGAAGGUGACAAUAAUGAUGUGAAGAUGGAAAGAGCUGCUUUCAAGAAUUUUGAAGACUUCAAUGAUGUUGUGGACAAGCCACGAGUUUCACGUAUGGAUAUGGAGGAGAGAAUCCAGAAGCUAGCAAAGCGGUUGAAUGGUGCAGACAUCAACAUGCCUGAAUGGAUGUUCUCUAAGAUGAUGCGAAGUGCAAAAAUCAGAUUCUGUGAUCAUUCAAUCUUGAGGUGUAUCCAGAUACUGGGUAAACUUGGAAAUUGGAGACGGGUGCUACAAGUCAUUGAAUGGCUUCAAUUGCGAGAACGUUUCAAAUCUCACAGGACCAGAUACAUUUACACCUCGGCACUUGAUGUACUUGGAAAGGCAAGGAGACCUGUGGAAUCAUUGAAUGUAUUUUAUGCAAUGCAGCAACAUAUGUCUUCGUAUCCCGACCUAGUAGCUUAUCAUUGUAUUGCCGUUACUCUCGGACAAGCAGGGCAUAUGAAGGAACUUUUUGAUGUGAUUGAUUGCAUGCGAUCUCUGCCCAAGAAGAAAUACAAAAUGGAGAUACUUGAGAAGUGGGACCCGAGGUUGGAACCUGAUAUUGUUGUUUACAAUUCUGUUCUGAAUGCUUGUGUCAAGCGGAAGCAUUGGGAAGGAGCAUUUUGGGUAUUGGAGCAGUUGAAGCAACAAGGCCAACAGCCUUCCAGCUCAACAUAUGGACUUGUUAUGGAGGUAAUGUUUGCAUGUGGUAAAUACAACUUGGUUCAUGAGUUUUUUAGGAAGAUGCAGAAGUCCUCUAUUCCAAAUGCUUUGAAUUAUAAAGUUCUUGUUAACACUCUUUGGAGAGAAGGUAAAACGGAUGAGGCUGUAUUAGCUGUUCAAGACAUGCAGAGGCGGGGAAUAGUGGGUUCUGCUGCACUUUAUUAUGAUCUUGCUCGUUGUCUCUGCAGCGUGGGAAGAUGCCAAGAAGCACUAAUGCAGAUUGAGAAGAUGUGUGGAGUUGCAAAUAAGCCUCUAGUUGUGACGUACACUGGUUUAAUUCAAGCAUCUCUCGACUCUGGGAAUAUUCAAAAUGGGGCAUACAUCUUCAACGAAAUGCGUAAAUUUUGCCACCCAAACUUAGUAACAUUUAAUAUAAUGAUAAAAGCUUAUGUGGGGCAUGGGAUGUUUAAGGAAGCGAAAGAGCUGUUUCAGAAGAUGUUGGAUGAUGGCAAUCAUAUUAGGAGUACAUUUGAUUACAAGACUAGGGUUAUGCCAGAUAUAUAUUCAUUCAAUACCAUGUUGGAUGCCUGCAUUGCCGAAAAAAGGUGGGAUGAAUUUGAGUUUGUCUACAGAGUGAUGCUGAAUCAUGGGUACUACUUUAAUGCAAAACGUCAUCUUCGGAUGAUUUUGGAAGCUUCUAGAGCUGGAAAGGGAGAGCCACUGGAAAUAACUUGGACGCACUUAGUCCAGACAAACCAGAUUCUGCCACCAUCCCUUAUCAAAGAAAGGUUUUGCAUGAAACUGGGAAAAGGUGACUAUGCUGCUGCCAUCUCCUGUAUUACGGGCCAGACAACAAGUGCAUCGCAGGCAUUCUCCAAGACAGCAUUGCUGAAGCUAUUCAAGGAAAAUAUUCAACGGUUUCAGAAGGAUUCUCUUUAUUGUUUGAUACAUGAACUGAACACUCUCAUCGACAUAAAUGACCUGCCGAACCCAGUUCUUCUAAAUUUGUUCGCAUCAUUGACAAAUUUUCUGAGGACAAAUGGCUGAAAAAUAGGCCAUCCGAAAUGUAAGUAUUCUGUUCAGAUCAAUCAGAAAAUGCUCUAUUUUUUGACUAAA